AUGAUUGAUAAUUUGAUUUUGGGAGUGGCGGACCCCCCCCACGCUCAGGGCUUCCGUAGCUUCCACCUACUGACACAUCUUUCCAGGCAUCUACCGAAACCACCUCCAACAACUCCCAAAAUUUCACGCACGCAAGGCAAGGGCAAAGCCAAAGAGUUUGCCCCCGUUGAUCUCCCCCUUGACUUGCCUUCGCCAGAUGCUGACCUGUCCGACCCGGAAACAACCAUUGCCCAAACGGCAACGGUUGUCAAGCAAACGCCAGCCAAGGAGGCACCGGUGGUCAAAGCCAAAAAGAGCAAGGCAUUGACUAAGGCGGUCAUUGUUCCAGACGAGCUUGAACAAGAAGAUGAAGACAUUGCCGAGGAAGAUAGUGAUUGGGAGAUGGAAGAUUGA